AUGUUGCGCAUGCUCGAGGCGCAGGCGCCUGCCAAACAGACGGCCACCGACACCAUCAAUACCCUCUGCAGCCGUCUCGCCAGCGCCACUCUCCUUGAGGAUCGCCGCGCUGCCAUCCUUGGCCUGCGCAGCUUUGCGAAGGAGUAUCCCGCUUCCGUUGCCUCGGGCUCCCUGCGCGGCCUGAUCGCUGCUCUCACAAAAGAUGCGGAGGAUCUGGAUACCAUAAAGGUCGUGCUGGAGACAUUGUUGAUGCUCUUCAACCCGGACGAGAAUAGCCCCGAAGCCUCUGAAGACAUCUCGUUGUGGCUGGCCGACGAAUUCACUCAACGGCAAGAUAACAUCACCCUACUUCUUGACCUCCUCGAGGCCACCGACUUUUACUCGCGCCGCUACGCCCUGAAGCUUCUCAAAGCUAUCUCGGAGCUGCGCCCUGAAAGAACUCAAGAGUGCAUCUUAUCCGCUCCCCUUGGUAUACCUAGGCUCGUUGCCGCAUUGGAUGACCCCCGUGAUGCCGUGCGCGAUGUUGCGCUGGAUCUCCUCAUCGACCUUACUCAGUCCUCGACCGAGCUGCAGAAGAUUGUCGCAUUCCAGAAUGCCUUCGAGAAGAUCUUCAAUCUUGUUGAAGGUGAUGGAUCCAUAAGACAAGGAAGCAUUGUGACCCAGGACUGCCUCACACUAACGGCGAACCUCAUUCAAUACAACCCAUCCAAUCAACUGGCCUUCAGGGAAUCUGGUUGCGUGCCGAAACUGGCUGCACUUCUGACCAAUGGCGUCGAGGUCCCCCGGCCCACGAACCCCGAGGAGGAGGUAUGGGAAAGUCCGCACAAAGAAAAGAACCUGUUCGGCCUGCUGGCAGUUCUCCGCAUGUUCCUGGUGAAGGGCAGCAUGGGCACGGCCGCCAAUCAGGACGCGUUCCACAAACACGGCAUUUUACAGCAGGCCCUUGAACUUUCCUUUGACCACACAGUGUCCGUUCCUGUCAGGUCACAAGCUCUGUACGUUUGCGCAGAUGCCAUCAGGGGAAACGCGAGGCUACAAGAGAUCUUUGCUCAGACUCAAGUCGCAAUCUCAGAUUACGAGCACAGCAAUCAACCCAACGGGGAGAGGAUACAAAACGGUAUCUCGCAAGUGCACGUCAUCGAGGCUCUGUUGCAUCUCAUCCUUGGCGCUUCGUCUGUGCAGAUGUUUGAUGCUCGUUUUGCUGCGUGCGAAUGUCUUAAGGCAUACUUCUAUAACCAUGACCAGACGGGCAGGCAUUUCCUUAACCAUGCUGUAAACGUACACCUUGCCGGGGAGGAGGACACUGCCAAUGUCGUCACUACAUUGGUCCGCGGUCCGCAGAGCUUCCAGACUGUAGAUUCCUAUCGCCUCUGGUUUGCAGCCGUUGUAACAUUCCACCUUCUUUUCGAGAACCCGGAUGCCAAAAGCCUUCUGAUGGGCGUCGUCGAGGGCGAUGCAGAGAGUGGAGAAGAAGUCGUCACAUGCAUUCAGGAAAUGAGCAGCAACCUCAUCAGCGGUCUUCAAAAUGGCGAGGACGAAAGAGUGAUUAUCGGCUAUCUAAUGGUCCUCUGUGGAUGGCUCUUCGAAGACUCCGAUGCAGUCAACGAUUUCCUCGGAGAGGGAGCUAGCAUCCAGACCCUUGUCACGACUGCGGCAAGAACGACCACGGACAAGCCGGUGAUUAGAGGUCUCUGUGCUGUUCUGCUUGGCAUAAUCUACGAAUUCUCUACCAAAGACUCACCCAUUCCUCGACGCGAGCUGCAGCCUGUUCUGCUCAACAGCUUGGGACGGGAAAAGUAUCUGGAUGCUAUAACGCAACUCCGAACACAUCCCUUUGUACGCGAAUUUGAAGUCAUGCCUCAGGGUGGCGCCGCUGCGUUUGGUGGAAACUUACCCGAUGUCUUCUUCGACAGCACGUUCGUAGACUUUCUCAAGGAUAACUUCAGCAGACUCUCGCGUGCCAUCGACAGAGAUCCGGGGAUCGAGAUUCAGCAAAACCCACAAGGCGUGGAUCGAGACUUGGUCGAUACUAUCCGCGGGCAACUUGACGAGAAAAGCAAAGCAUUGGAGAGUGCAGAAUCGAAAAUGCUGUUCGUGGAAAGACAACUCAACGAGGAGCAAGCGAAUCACAAGAAAGACCUGGACACAGCCACCACCGAGAUCAACCGCAUAAAGCAUGUCAACGAGGCGUUGCAGCGCAAUCACGAAGCCGACGUGGCACAACGGGAGGCUGCACACUCAGCUGCACUGCAAAGAUUGGAGGAACACCAGCGCCAGCAGAUGGGAAGCCUCAAUGCUCAGCUGCAACAGAAGCAAAGGGAAGCGGCCGGACAGGCAGCCAGCGCCAAACAACAGCAUGACCGGGAAGUCGCACAGCUAAGGCGCGAGAGAGCAGAGCUCGAGGAAAGGAGCAAGAAGACUGAGUCUAGCCUGCAAGCAAGAUGCGCUCAAGCCGAAGCCGCGCUUGAGGAAGCAAAGAAGAAAUGGGCUGAGUUGCAGACGAACUUCGACAAGACGCAGGCCGAGCUCACAGCCGCGCAAAAAGCGAGCUCAAGCUUCGAGGAAAGGAGCAAGAAGGCUGAGUCUAGCCUGGAAUCUACUACCAAGCAGCUGAAGGAAGUCGAAUUGAAUCUCAGCCGUACUGGUGCCGACCUGUCGGCUGCGCAAGGCACUGUUGCAAGCCUGGAAGAGACAGUACGCCGGAAGACGGUGCAGGUCGAAGAGCUCACGCGCAAGGUGGAGCAGCUCGAGAAGGCUGUCGAAACAAGCAAGACAGAGCUCAGGGAUGUGAAGGCCCAGUCGCAGAAGCAUGAGAAUGCAGCAAGGUCGACCGACUUCGCAUUGAGAGAAGCUCAGGACCAACUUAAGGAGGCCCAGGAGAAAGUCAAGGAGGCCCAGGAGAAGGUCAAGAACGUGCAAGACGAGCUCGCGGAGAAGGAGGAGGCCCGAGCGUCUGCACAAGGCGAGCUCGACGAUAUGCUCAUGGUUCUAUCAGACCUAGAGGAGAAACGGGCGAAGGACAAGAAACGCCUCAAGGAACUGGGUGAGGAAGUGUCGGACGGAGAGGACGAAGAUGACGAGGACGAGGACGAGGAUGAGGACGAGGAGGGUGAGGAAGAAUAG